AUGGAGCACCUCGGGGCUCACCACCUGCACCAAGGCCAAGCCGAGCCCAUCAGCUUCGGCAUCGACCAGAUCCUCAACACGUCGGAGCCGGGCAGCUGCAUGGUAUCGCACCCACGGCUGCAGGACUCGGCGGACUACGGAUUGGGCUGCAUCGUGGGCAGCGCCUACAACACGGUCACGGGUGGCUACGGGGCGAGCGGCGGUGCGGCCGGCGCCUACACCGGUACCUCCUGCAGCAUGGGCGGCCUGCCCGGCUCCUACAACGUGAACAUGGCGGUGAGCAUGAACGGCAACACCUUGAGCUCAGCCGGGGGAGUGAUCCGCGUCCCGGCCCAUCGCCCUGUGACCGGCGGCGUGCACCAGCCCCUCUCCGCCGCUGUACCGGCGGUGAACGGCAUGAACAGUAUCACGGGGCUCACCUUCCCUUGGAUGGAGAGCAACAGGCGGUACACAAAAGACAGAUUCACAGGUCACCCCUACCAGAACCGCACGCCCCCCAAGAAGAAGAAGCCGCGCACCUCCUUCACCCGCCUGCAGAUCUGCGAGCUGGAGAAGCGUUUCCACCGGCAGAAGUACCUGGCCUCGGCUGAACGCGCUGCCCUAGCCAAGGCCCUCAAGAUGACUGAUGCCCAGGUGAAGACCUGGUUCCAGAACCGACGCACCAAGUGGAGGAGGCAGACAGCAGAGGAGCGGGAGGCUGAGCGGCAGCAAGCGAACCGCAUCCUCAUGCAGCUGCAGCAGGAGGCCUUCCAAAAAACCAUCAACCAGCCCAUCCAAGCCGACCCCAUCUGUGUCCACAACUCCUCUCUCUUUGCCCUCCAGAACCUCCAGCCUUGGUCUGAUGACUCCACCAAGAUCACCAGUGUCACCACUGUUGCUUCUGCUUGCGAAUAA